GACUGUCGUGACCUGGAAUGUCUGUAAGCGUUUUAUCUGGGACCGUUAUAAGAGUGGAAGAGCAUUUGUAUCUGCAAGUGUGCUGACUUUCGUUCAGAAAUCACAGCGUUCAAAGCCCAGAUGGUCCUGUUUGAUGGAGCACUUUUCUUAUGUAAUUGGAUCAGCUUGUCCUGCUUUCAUAACUUCAAGUAGACUCUUGAUUUAGCAGCCUAUCGCUGGUGAUCAAGGAAUGACAAUGUGCGAGCUUUUCUAGCAUUUCAGUGCAAAGCAUCUGCAUUUCUGGUGGCUCAAGGGUAUUAGAAUGUGAGAGAAGAGACUUCAACAGGAAAAGUCAUGGCGCUGUUAUUAGAUUAUCUGUGGUAUAUGAAUGACCUAAAGCUGCAAGUAAAGACGGAGAGAGAACGGUGCCAACUGGGAGCAGGGCAAGGAUGCCAAUUCCUCCUCCCCCCCCACCCCCGCCUGGUCCUCCCCCACCUCCCACUUUUAAUCAGGCAAACACAGAGCAGCCCAAACUCAGUAGAGAUGAGCAGCGGAAUCGAGGGGCCCUCUUACAGGACAUUUGCAAAGGGACCAAACUGAAGAAGGUGACCAACAUUAACGAUCGGAGCGCUCCCAUCAUCGAGAAGCCCAAAGGGAGUGGUGGCGGCUAUGGCCCUGGAGCUGCUGCUUUGCAACCCAAGGGAGGUCUCUUCCAAGGAGGAGUGCCGAAGCUGCGACCCGUGGGAGCCAAGGAUGCUUCAGAGACUCUAGCUGGUAAGCCAGCCCUACAAGUUCCCAGUUCUCGAGCUGCUGCUCCAAGGCCUCCAGUGUCUACAGCCAGUGGGCGUCCUCAAGAUGAUACCGACAGCAGCCGAGCCUCCCUCCCAGAACUGCCCCGGAUGCAGAGACCCUCUUUACCGGACCUCUCUCGUCCCAAUGCCACUAGCGGUACAGGCAUGAAACAUAGCUCCUCUGCUCCUCCCCCACCGCCUCCAGGGCGCCGUGCCAACGCGCCCCCUACCCCUCUACCUAUGCACAGCAGCAAGGCCCCGGUCUACAACAGGGAGAAACCCUUGCCUCCAACACCUGGACAGAGGCUGCACCCCAGCCGAGAAGGACCUCCUGCUCCACCUCCUCUAAAACCGCCUCCUUCCCCUGUGAAUAUCAGAACGGGACCAAGUGGCCAGUCUCUGGCUCCUCCCCCACCGCCUUACCGCCAGCCUCCUGGGGUCCCCAAUGGGCCCUCAAGCCCCACUAAUGAGUCAGCCCCCGAGCUGCCACAGAGACACAAUUCUUUGCAUAGGAAGACACCAGGGCCCGUCAGAGGCCUUGCACCUCCUCCACCCACCUCAGCCUCCCCCUUUUUGUUGAGUAACAGGCCACCUCCGCCGGCCCGGGACCCUCCUAGUAGGGGAGCGGCUCCUCCACCCCCACCGCCCAUGGUCCGAAAUGGGGCCAGGGAUGCUCCCCCUCCCCCACCACCUUACCGAAUGCACGGAUCAGAACCUCCAAGCAGAGGAAAGCCCCCACCUCCACCCUCAAGGACGCCAGCUGGACCACCCCCUCCUCCACCACCACCCCUGAGGAAUGGCCAUAGAGACUCCAUCACCACUGUUCGUUCCUUCUUGGAUGACUUUGAGUCCAAGUACUCCUUCCACCCAGUAGAGGACUUCCCUGCUCCAGAAGAGUAUAAGCAUCUUCAAAGAGUGUACCCCAGCAAAACAAACCGAGCUGCCCGUGGAGCCCCACCUCUGCCACCCAUUCUCAGGUGAAGCCUGGCUUGGUCCUGCUCCUCAGGAAAAGGAUGGACCUCCUCUUCUCAGACGGUCCCCCAACCCCUAAAACCUGCAUGAGAGCUCCUACAGUGUUCCUCCAGUGCAACCAACCCUAGACUCUAAGCAUCCUCCCGGCCCAGCUCCAUCUGUGCAUCUUAUCUCUGGACCUGGUGAUUGGAUUCUUUCUGUUGGCAGUGGGUCUCAGGCCCUGUGCCCAGCCCUCUUCCAGCAAGCCCUGCUAGCCAGAAGAGGGGAAAGCUUCCAUGUGUCCUGCUUUCUUCCAGGGAAAGGUGCCUUGUUAGGGUGAAUGGACUCCCGUUGGGCAGGGUGGAAAAUGGUACCCCUGUCUGCUGUUAUUCACCAAGGGGGAGAAUGGUGUGUGCACUAAAUUCCAUAGUUUAGGAGGUUGGUAUGGCCAGGACUGCUGAGGAAAGGGUACUUUUCGUGAAGCAGGAAAGGGGUUUGCAGAGAGGUGAUCUGUUUUAAAGGUCAGGUUACAGAAAGGACAAGGAAACGGAUCUUCUUUAUUUUUAAGAGUGUUUUGGUUUUGUUCUCAUCCCUCUUCUCCCCUGGGGACCCCAAGGGGUAAGUUGUACAUACACUAAAUACUAAUCAGUUGAUCUACACAAUAAAAGAAGGGGAUGAAGUAAACUGAGAAUCAUUCCAGAGCUAGUCAGCUCUUCUGCAGCUAAUGGGCCAGGGCCAUCUGAACUCCGGACCCCCUGCCCUUCCCUGGGGUGCUAGGCUGAAGGAUGUCCUUUCCCAGUCCCUCAAGACAAGAGCCACUUUUUCUUGGGUCCAUUAUUCAUAUUCCCAGUUCACAACCCCCAGAAACUUCCUGUAAGAGAUGAAAAGAGGGAGUGAGGACCUUAACCCCAGCCUCGAGUUGGCCUCAGUUUCUUCUGAUUAGCCCUGAAGUGGUCAGCAGCCCUCAGAGUCCUUCAGCUCUUGGAGAAUGCUCCAGGGGGACCAGGGGAAGGAGGAAGCACUUCACGGGCGGGCGGGUGGGCGGCUCUGGGGGCUCACACCCACCUCACACCCAUCGGACCCAGCAGCUUCUCCCUGUUUUCUCUGCCACCCUACCUUCCCAAGGCUGCGAGGACUAAGACCACAGAGUAGAAAAUGGCAGGAAAUACGUGGGGCCUUUGAGGGCAUAUCCAGAGUCUUCUAAACCAAGAAGCACAAAGACUUAGGGAGGUGUGCCUCGGUCUAGUCAGUGGGUCUUCCUUGGCGGCCAGCAAUACAUUGUUUCUUUGUCUUCCAAGUUGUAGGUGAACAGCACAGGAAAAAUGGAUGUUCCAACUGAGGUUGGUCUACUGGACAGUGAGUGUCUCUUCUCCAACAGCAGUGUGGGCACGGGGACUCCACACACUGGAGAAGUUGGUUUCUUACAGUCGUAGCCAUGGGUAAAGGCUGCUCAAACCUUGUAUGACCGUGGGGAGACCAGGUUGUUCUUUGAAUCGAAUAGUCAGGGAGCGAGUUAAAAACCUUCAGACACUUCACAGGGUUAAACUGUCACAGGGACCUUUCUUUUCUUUAUCAUUAUUAUUAUUAUUUUCUAAGACAGGGUUUCUCUGUGUAGCCCUGGCUGUCCUGGAACUCGCUCUGUAGACCAGGCUGGCCUCAAACUUAGAGAUCCACCUGCCUCUGCCUCCUGGGUGCUGGAAUUAAUGUUGUACACUACCACACCCUGCUCAUAGGGACUUUUCUGAUCUAGUGGAACAUAGGCUAAGGAUCUGUGCGUAAUGCCAGGUGAAACCCAAAUCUUCCAGUGCUGGUGAAGGUGGGCUUAACUUGGUUUAUUUAUUUAUUGGGUGUCUCCUGGACCACUUGGACUCUUCAGACAGGCAAUGAUUGGAUCUCAUCAGAUUUUAAUUGUUCACUAUUUAUGUUCUUCUCAAAUACGUUAGCAGUCAUCUCCCAGGAGUAUCCCUAGCAUCCUAAAGUGAACAGAGCUAAGAGGAGGAGAAGAGCUGAUCCUGCAAGAGUUCCAGGGAGAUGCUAAUUACUGAACUUUGACUGUGAAGUCCUUCCCAUUUGUGUUUGAAAUGGGAGUUGAUGCCUUUUGUACAAUGUUAUCAAAGUGUGUAGAGAUUUCCCUACUGAAACAUAGAACAUCAGAAUAUAUAAUAUAGCAAAUAAAGCCAAAUCUCAGCUUUUCACUGGGGCUGAUCCCUUCCUCCACAUGAACUGCAUCCUUUAUAUUCCCCAAAUUUGGACUGUGUCAUGUGGGUAUUGACUAUAUUUUCAAUGGAACAACAACCAAAAAAGGCCUGGGGUUAGAUCUGAAUAAAUGGGUUUGCUGCUCUAGAGCAUGUUUAUGAUACAGCACCUAACUUCAAUGUCUUUGCCUUAUACAUCAUUUGGUCCCGCUGUUAAUAACAGAUUUAUUAUCCUGUAUAUUUGCUAUUGAAGAUGGGAAUGUGAUCCUCAAAAUUGUUGGUCUAUUUUGUAUGUUGUACAAAGCUUGUAAUACAGGUUUACGGUGGGUGGGCUGCAAGAGCCCUGAAAAUUUUCCCCUUUUGAACUGCUUUUUUAUCUGCUUGCUCAUGGGAAUGUUGUCUCUUCAGUGGAAGAUGGGUGGUCUCACGUUGAGGCUCUUGCCUGUCCCUUUAAUUCCCUUGUCCCCUCCUAAAGGGAAGAGACAUUGCCCAGCUAAGCAGCAGGAAGCUUUGUCAACAGCUCUCCUCUGAGUUUCGUGGUGUUUUUCCCUAACAGGAAACACUCGCGGUAACUGUUUCUCACUGCCCUACCUGAAACUGGGCAGUGGCCUCUGAUUUUCAAAUGAGCUAGAUGCCCCUCUUUCCUUUCUCCAGUUACCAAACCUGGACCAAAGCACUUCGAUAUUCCAGGUGUGGUUUUUCUUUCCUGGGGAUUGGCUGCAGCUGCAGGGCCCGCCCUUUUCACAGCCUAGGCUCAUUGUGUGAGCAGCGAGGGCUAUCCCAGCUGGUGGAUGUGAGGCUGUCAUUGCCAGGAAUUCGUCCCUGCCCACUUUCCUAGUAAAGGCAAGGAAACUGGUCACUGGCAUUGCACUAGGGGAUUCCCUUACCAGUGGCUUCCCAGCUUGAAACCCAGACUUACCUCCAGGGAGAGGUGAGGGGAAAAAAUGACUGUAAAUAGAUUUGCUACAGAGCAACUCAGGGUUGGGCAUGUUUUAAUUCUCCUGAUCACUUGAAAUAAUCUGUAGGCUGAGUGCUUAUGGGAGUGUGGGAGAAAUGUGACUCCAGGGUCCUUGGUUCUGUGAAGCUGUGGGGGGUGGAGUGUAGGGCACCAGAAGCCCUUCCAUUGCGCUGUACUGCGUUGUCUGUCCUUCUGGAAACCCAAACCUACAAUCAGCUGCGAAACCGACUUCCCAUCCCAGGUGUGACUUCUCUUUCCCUGUGACUCUCAGUCCCUAGCCAUGUGGUCCAGGUGACCCUGUGAAGCCACCCAGACCUAGGGAAUGAGAGGGAAGAGAGGGGGCCAUUACAAUUCUGCCUUCAAGACUCAUUUCCUGAAAAUAAAAUAACCACCUUCAAAAUCACAUGCAGAAACAAACACAAAAAACCCAGCAACCAUUAACUGAAGGAAGGGUUCCGCUCACUCAACUCCACGUUCAUUGUGCCUUUACUUGUGUUAGAUUUCUGUGCUUUCCUCCUCCCUCUGUGAAGUAAUUAAAAUCUUCCUUGAUAA